CCUCCCGCUGCCGCUUCGGGUCCUUCUCCGCCCCGCCCCUCGAGCCUGGCCCGGACCCCCCCUCGCCGCCGAUGCCGAUCCGGGGGAAAUGCUAUCUAUCCAGUCGUGAAGAUCACUGACAACUGAGUUAUUGCUGGUGCAUGCAGCAUGGGAACCAUCUUCACUAUACUGGCAUUCUUUCCCUUGGAUUUUUAGUCAUACUGAACCAUUUUUGGGAUUGUAUGGAACUACAGCAGACACUAAUACUCCAGGAAGCAGCCAAGUGUAACAGGAUGUUUGGACGAUGAUGAUGGCAAGGAAGCAAGAUGUCCGAAUUCCCACCUACAACAUCAGUGUGGUUGGGUUGUCUGGGACAGAGAAAGAGAAGGGCCAGUGUGGCAUUGGAAAAUCCUGCCUGUGCAAUCGGUUUGUACGGCCCAGGGCAGAUGACUUUCACCUCGACCACACUUCAGUUCUCAGCACCAGUGACUUUGGAGGAAGAGUUGUUAACAAUGAUCACUUCUUGUACUGGGGGGAAGUCAUUCGUUCUUUGGAGGACUGUGUGGAAUGUAAAAUGCAUGUUGUGGAACAGACUGAAUUUAUUGAUGACCAGACCUUUCAGCCUCAUCGUAGCACAGCCCUGCAACCCUACAUCAAAAGAGCGGCUGCAACCAAACUUGCAUCGGCUGAAAAGCUCAUGUACUUUUGCACUGAUCAGCUCGGGCUGGAGCAGGACUUUGAACAGAAGCAGAUGCCGGAUGGGAAGUUGCUGAUAGAUGGCUUUCUUCUCUGUGUUGAUGUCAGCAGGGGUAUGAACAGGAACUUUGAUGAUCAGCUCAAGUUUGUUUCAAACCUGUACAAUCAACUCACAAAAACAAAAAAGCCCACUGUGGUAGUUCUCACAAAGUGUGAUGAAGGAGUGGAGCGGUACAUUAGAGAUGCUCACACUUUUGCCUUAAGCAAGAAGAACCUCCAGGUGGUAGAGACAUCCGCCAGAUCCAAUGUGAAUGUUGACUUGGCUUUCAGCACUUUAGUGCAGCUGAUUGACAAAAGCAGGGGCAAGACUAAAAUUAUCCCUUACUUUGAGGCUUUGAAGCAGCAGAGCCAACAGAUUGCUGCUGCGAAAGAUAAGUAUGAGUGGCUGGUGAGCCGCAUUGUCAAAAACCACAAUGAGACUUGGUCCAGCGUCCAACGAAAGAUGCAGUCCUCUCCAGAGUAUCAGGAUUAUGUAUAUCUGGAAGGAACGCCAAAAGCCAAGAAGCUGUUCCUGCAACACAUUCAUCGCCUCAGACAAGAGCAUAUAGAGCGCAGGAGGAAGAUGUAUCUUGCAGCUUUGCCCCUUGCUUUCGAUGCUCUCAUUCCAGACUUGGAUGAUAUAAACCACUUGAGCUGUAUAAAAGUGGAAAAGCUAUUGGAGAGUAAGCCAGAUUUUCUGAAGUGGUUUGUUGUCCUUGAGGAGACUCCCUGGGAUGCCACCAGCCAUAUAGACAAUAUGGAGAAUGAACGCAUUCCGUUUGAUCUGAUGGAGACCCUGCCUGCACAGCAGCUUUACGAUGCCCAUCUUGACAAGCUGAGGAAUGAAAGGAAAAGGGCAGAAAUGAGAAGGGCCUUCAAAGAAAAUUUGGAGACCUCCCCUUUCAUAACCCCUGGAAAGCCUUGGGAAGAGGCUCGUAGUUUCAUCAUGAAUGAGGACUUUUAUAUGUGGCUCGAAGAAUCUGUCUACAUGGAUAUUUACAGUAGACAUCAAAAGCAAAUUAUAGAGAAGGCCAAGGAGGAGUUCCAGGAGUUACUUCUGGAAUACUCAGAACUGUUCUACGAACUAGAACUUGAUGCCAAACCCAGCAAGGAAAAAAUGGGUGUCAUCCAGGAUGUGUUGGGUGAAGAGCAAAGAUUUAAAGCGUUGCAGAAGUUGCAAGCUGAACGAGAUGCUCUCAUCUUGAAACAUAUUCAUUUUGUGUAUCACCCAACAAAGGAAACCUGUCCCAGCUGUCCAGCUUGCAUAGAUGCUAAAAUUGAGCACUUGAUAAGUUCCAGAUUUAUACGGCCAUCUGACCGCAACCAGAAAAACUUGCUUUCAGAUUCCAAUAUAGAUAGAAUCAAUCUGGUAAUUCUUGGUAAAGACGGACUUGCACGUGAGCUAGCGAAUGAGAUUCGGGCUCUUUGCACAAAUGAUGACAAGUAUGUGAUAGACGGAAAAAUGUAUGAGCUAUCCUUGAGACCGAUAGAGGGUAAUGUCAGACUUCCUGUUAAUUCUUUCCAGACACCAACAUUUCAGCCACAUGGUUGUCUCUGCCUUUAUAACUCUAAAGAAUCUCUAUCUUAUGUUGUUGAGAGUAUUGAAAAGAGCAGAGAAUCAACUCUUGGCCGAAGGGACAACCACUUAGUUCACCUUCCUCUGACUCUGAUUUUGGUGAACAAGAGAGGAGAUACCAGUGGAGAGACACUGCAGAGCUUGAUACAGCAGGGACAGCAAAUUGCCAGUAAACUGCAAUGUGUCUUCCUUGACCCUGCUUCUGCUGGCAUUGGAUAUGGGCGUAACAUUAAUGAAAAGCAAAUAAGUCAAGUUCUGAAAGGCUUGCUAGAUUCAAAGCGCAACUUAAAUCUUAUGAGCUCAACAGCAAGCAUUAAAGAUCUGGCUGAUAUUGACCUUCGGAUAGUCAUCUGUUUGUUAUGUGGAGAUCCUUUUAAUACGGACGAUAUCCUUCUCCCUAUUCUCCAAUCUCAAACCUGCAGGCCUUCCCAUUGUGGAAACAGUAAUUCAGUAUUACUUGAAUAUCCUAUAGGACCACACAAGAGGCGCAUAGAACUGUCUUUGCUUUCAUAUCAUUCCUCGUUUAGUAUUAGAAAAAGCUGGUUAGUACAUGGUUAUAUUUUGUUUUAUUCUGCUAAGCGUAAAGCAUCUUUAGCUAUAUUACGUGCCUUUCUUAGCGAAGUGCAGGACAUUAUCCCUGUUCAAAUAGUGGCACUCACUGAUGGCUCAAUAGAUGUUCUAGAUAAUGAUUUGAGUAGAGAACAGUUAAGCGAGGGAGAGGAGAUUGCCCAGGAUAUUGAGGGAAAAUUUACAACUAUCCCAUGUAGUCACCCUCAACAUAAACUAGAGAUUUUUCACCCAUUUUUCAAAGAUGUGAUUGAGAGAAAAAACAUAAUUGAAGCCACCCACAUGUAUGAUAAUGCCGCUGAAGCUUGCAGUACAACAGAAGAAGUGUUCAAUUCUCCCCGGGCUGGGUCACCUCUUUGCAAUUCAAACCUUCAGGAUUCUGAAGAAGAUACUGAGCCACCAACCUUCAGUCCUUUCAGAGAGGACACGUCCAUGCCCAGCCUGUCCAAAGAUCUUUCAAAGCUCUCGAUGGAACUGGAGGGGAAUGAUGGUCUUUCUGUCUUUUCUGUUAUGAGCACUUUUGAAAGCAAAUUGAACAACAAAGUACCUCCGCCAGUGAAACCAAAGCCCCCUGUCCAUUUUGAUAUUACAAAGGGGGAUCUCUCGUAUUUGGAUCAAGGACAUAGGGAUGGACAGAGGAAGUCUGUGUCUUCUAGUAGUUGGCCUCCUACAGAUGGCUUUGACCCUUCUGAUUAUGCAGAACCUAUGGAUGCAGUAGUGAAACCAAGGAGUGAGGAAGAAAACAUCUACUCAGUGCCUCAUGACAGCACCCAAGGCAAAAUCAUCACUAUUCGUAACAUAAAUAAAACACAGUCCAAUGGUAGCGGCAAUGGGUCGGACAGUGAAAUGGACACUAGUUCCUUAGAACGUGGUCGAAAGGUGUCCAUCAUGAGUAAGCCUGUGUUGUAUCGUACACGAUGCACGAGGCUUGGGAGAUUUGCUAGUUUUAGGACCAGUUUUAGUGUAGGAAGUGAUGAUGAGUUGGGACCUAUUAGGAAGAAAGAGGAAGACCAGACAUCCCAAGGUUAUAAGGGAGAUAAUGCUGUAAUUCCAUAUGAGACUACUGAUGAAGAUCCAAGGAAAAGGAACAUCUUGCGUAGCUUGAGGAGGACAACCAAGAAACCAAAGCCUAAACCUCGGCCAUCUAUUACGAAGACUACAUGGGAGAGCAACUAUUUUGGGGUGCCUUUGACCACUGUAGUGACUCCAGAGAAACCCAUUCCCCUUUUUAUUGAGAGAUGUAUUGAGUACAUUGAAGCAACAGGGUUGAGUACUGAAGGUAUCUAUCGGGUGAGUGGCAACAAGUCUGAGAUGGAAAGCUUACAGCGGCAAUUUGAUCAAGAUCAUAACCUGGAUUUUGCAGAGAAGGACUUCACUGUGAAUGCUGUAGCUGGAGCCAUGAAAAGUUUCUUCUCUGAACUCCCUGAUCCCCUGGUACCUUACAACAUGCAGAUUGAGCUGGUGGAGGCCCACAAAAUCAACGACAGAGAGCAGAAGUUGCAGGCACUUAAAGAAGUGCUGAAGAAGUUUCCCAAGGAGAACUAUGAGGUCUUCAAAUAUGUGAUCUCUCAUUUGAACAAAGUGAGCCAGAACAGCAGAACCAAUCUCAUGACGAGUGAGAACCUCUCCAUUUGCUUCUGGCCCACCUUGAUGAGGCCUGACUUCAGCACCAUGGAUGCUCUCACUGCCACACGCAUUUAUCAGACAAUCAUAGAACUCUUCAUCCAACAGUGUCCCUUUUUUUUCUACCAUCGGCCCAUCAUCGAGCCCCCUGGUGCCAUGCCCAGCUCUCCCUCCACCAUUCCUGCCAGCACGCCGUUCCUCUCCUCCACUCCUGUGAUGGCCCAGCCAUCUCCUCCACAGACUCCUCCUCCAUCGCCGCAGUCUCCUCUUCAGCCACUUCUUCCGCCACAGCUUCAGGCUGAGCAGCACUCACUGUGAACCCCAGUGCAGGAGAAAAGUGAAUGGUCGGCUUCUGUCCUCAUCACAGAACAGAGACUGGAAACUCAGCCCUGGCAUCCCUCUCCCCUUUCCACUCUGUUGCAAAUUUGAGCUGUGCUAAGCGGUAACUUGGUAGAGCAGCAGCGAGCUGGGAGUUUUAGACCCAUGAGCAGCCUUGGUUCUGCCUCAGUGCCUGGCCUAGAAGGACCUGCAGGAUUGAGGGUGGUGCUGGACCUUCCUCUGCGCAGGAGAGAUAACAUACCUCUCUCUCUUUCGAAAUGGACUCUUGUUCCAUCCAGAUUCGUUCUGGCUGAAGUGGACCCAUCGAACCGUGCGACCGCUGUCAAGCCCAGCUGGGUGGGACUUAGGUUUUGGAUGAGUCUUUGAGAACCUCUCCAAUCUCUUCUCCUCUUUAGCCUGUGCAUGAACAAAGAGAAACUGCUGAAGCCUGUCGGGAGAUGGAGCCCCUCGUCCCAACACAUUCCAUUGUUUGAGGUCUGUUUUGCAGCGUGGGACAUCUCGUCCAUCUUUGGGGACCAUGUUUACAGUUCAGACCAAGUAGCACCAUCCCAGGCCAAGCUGC